GACAAAUGAACCGUCGAAAUAUACGGAAUCUCCGGGUGAAUUCAGACGGACAUUCCGCUCUGCUCCGCCGUCUUUGCUCUUCCGCAGUUUUCUAGGGUUCCUCCUUCCGGGCCGGAGAUUUCUCGCCUCCUCGUAUCAUCUCCGGCGGCAUGUUGUCCUCAUCGGCGGCGAAUUCUGCCGCGACUUACCAGUCCUCUCAGCUUUCUGCCACUACUUGCAGCACUCUUCUCCGAGAAUUGCAGGAAAUAUGGGAUGACAUUGGGGAAAGUGAAAAUGAGAGAGACAAGAUGCUUCUUGAGCUUGAACAGGAAUGCCUUAACAUUUACCGAACUAAGGUGGAGAAAACUAGGAAGUAUAAAGCUGACUUGCACCAGUCAUUAGCAGACUCUGAGGCUGAAAUUGCUAAAAUAGCUUCUGCUCUUGGGCAACGAGUCCCAUUGUAUGAGAACAAGGGUAAUAUAAAGGAAAAAAUUUCCAACAUACAUCCUAUAUUAGAGAACUUGAAGACAAAGAAACAAGAAAGGAUGAAAGAAUUUCUGGAGACAGAAAUGCAGAUUGCACAGAUUAAUGCAGAGAUAGUUGGAAACGACCAAGACCUUGGCACUUCUAAGGUUCAGGUCAAUGAAUUGGACUUGACAACUCAGAAAUUGCAAGAACUAAAGUCACGCCUUCAAGUUCUCCAGUCAGAAAAGAGGCUUCGUCUGCAAAAAAUUAAUGGCUACAUAAGUGCAAUUCAUGAAAUUUCGGUUGUCAUGGCAGUUGAGUUUGAGACCAUAUUAAGUGAUAUUCAUCCAAGUUUAUUCAGUGGCCUAAAUAAUGCUCAAGCAAGGAGCAUAAGCAAUGAGACUAUUGCCAGAUUAACCGAUGUAUUAAGUUCGCUGAGGCAGAUGAAACAACAAAGGUUAAAUAAGCUUCAAGAUCUAGGUAGCACUCUAUUAGAGCUGUGGAAUCUUAUGGACACACCAAUUGAGGAGCAACAGAGAUUCAAACAUGUCAUUUGUUUGAAUUCUUCCUCAGUAGAUGAGGUGUUGAGUAAAGGAUCUCUAGCUAUUGAAGUCAUUGAGCUGACUGAAGCUGAAGUAGAGCGCUUAAGUGCUCUAAAAUCUAGUAAGUUGAAAGAGUUGAUUCUUAAGAGGCAAAAUGAGCUUGAGGAAAUCUACCGAAGUGUUCAUCUAGAUGUAGACAGUGAAACAGCCCGCCAGAUACUAUUGAAACUUAUGGAAUCUGGUGAUCUGCAUGAUCUUCUUUCAAGUAUGGAUCGUCAGAUUACCAAAGCAAAAGAGCAAGCUCUGAGCAGGAGAGAAAUCUUGGAAAAGUUGGAGAAAUGGAAACACGCAUCUCAAGAGGAAAUUUGGCUCGAUGAAUAUGAAAGGGAUGAGAACCGCUAUAGUGCCGGGAGAGGGGCUCACAUUAAUCUGAAACGGGCUGAAAAGGCGCGGGUUCUUGUAAGCAAGAUACCAUCUCUUGUCGAAAACUUGGUUGCAAAAAUAAAAGCUUGGGAGGCCGAGAAUGGAAUCCCCUUUUUAUAUGAUAAGGCUCCAUUGCUCCGUACGUUAGAGGAAUACACCAUUUCUCGGCAGGAGAAACAGGAGGAAAAGCGCCGGAACCGGGAACAAAAACGGCUCCAAGAACAAUUUGCUGCUGAACAAGAAGCUCUCUACGGUUCCAAGUCCACCGGGAAGAAGCAGCCGGGGCAGAACACAAGUGCCAUCAUGGGCACCCCAAGUCGCCGUGGGCCCCUAACUGCCCGGCACGGCUUAUCAUCUGCUGGCAGCGAGAGGAGAGAGAGUGCCAGAGCUGCCGGUAACAUCAUUCCCAUAAACUACGUGGCCCUUCCGAAAGACGACCACAUCUCCAGAGGGAGUUGAAGAAGUUUUAACAUUGGCGUAGAACAUAUUAUACCAUACUGAAAUGCUUUCCUGCUCUGUUGCAGAGAGUAGUAAAUGUCCUGUUUUUCAACUUUGCUCUCAAAUUUAGAAUACUUUCUGGCAGUUUACAGAUUGACCAAGUAUAAAGAAAUUGAAGUUUACAAC